CUCUUCAUCAGUGUACCAUUAUUUAGCUUUGCUCAUUUCUUCAAGCAUAUUUACACUUGAGUUCGGUCUGGAGAUGAUGUGGUGUUUGUGGGCUAUACCUUUCAAAAGGGAAAUGAAAAGAGAGUUUGAGACAAUGUUCUCUGAGUUAUGUUGCUGGGUGCUUUCAAAAGGAUAGUUAUGCACAAAAAUAUCUCCUCUUGCUGCUCAGGAGAUCAUAGAUGGAGUUUGGGGGGCAACUCUAUCAAAAGAUGAAAAACAAGAUACUGGAAUCAUGAUCUCUUACCAAAAGAAUAGUUGAGCACAAGCAAGUCUUCCUAUUGUGGCUUAAUCCGUGUCAGUUCUUUGCUUGGCAUUAUACUCAUGGAGAUAUGUUUUUUAAUUGGAAACUGGGUGGCAGGAACUCGCUCCGGUUUCUGAAGAUCUCUCAUGAUAUUCUGCCCUUUUGUUAUUUUCUUUUGAUGAUGUGUACUGGAAACCUGACCACUGUUAAUUCCUUAUACCAACUAUAUCAAAUACUAAAUGGCUAUGGCUUUCUGUGACUGAGCUUUCUUCAGUUAUACAUAAGAUUUCUCUUGCUGAAGUUCUCAGCAUUUGGGAAAUGGAUCUACUGUGAGCAGCUGAGGUCUCUUCUCCAACCCAAGAGUGCCUUGAGAAUUCGCUUGGUCCAUCUAUCUACCAGCAUGAACAUAUGUCCACCUUGUGGGACUUCAAUACUUCAUGAUACUUGAUCCAUGGAAUGGAAGCUUCUUGAUACAGAACUCUCAUUUUGAUGAAACAGAUUGGUAAUAUUCAUUGGACAAAUUCCCAACUUCCAAAAGACAAGUAAAUCAUGGGUGGCGCAUGGUUCCUGCAGCAGAGGGGAGCCACCUCUGGGUUAUCCACUGGUGGAGCAAGGAAGGUGUGUUGUUUACAAUCCAGAGGUCAGAGGGACCUCUGCUAUGGCACAAUUAAUUUCUUGAAGGCCUGCUUGGACAUUUUAAAUGGGAAAGAAAGCCACCAAUAGCUGAUAGUUGUGGGACGAUUAGUGCAGCAUAUACAGUUUUACUCUGAAAUCUGAAUUCUGAGUUGCAUAUUUCAUUAACAUGUAUUUAGUUGUAUCUAUGUGUUUGCCUGUGAGGUAUAUACUGGAGGCAUCCCCAAAUAGAGUAUCCUCCCAUCCAGACCCCAAGACACCAAGAUCCAGCUGGUCAGCGGGCUCCUUGAUAUCCAGUUCUUUGCUCUUGACAUCCCUCCUGGGAUUUGGGUCACCUUCCCCAUACUCAGAUCUAUCAAAAGAAACUAAGAACAUUCCCAAUUUCUCCAUAAGCUCCUUUAUGGGCAAAGAAACCAGUAAGCAAAAUAUGGAGACAAACCAACAUUUCACUUCACUGUCCAGUGUUCUGUGAGACUGUGACUGUGCUUUACCUUGGAAACAGGCAGGAUAAAGUCCUUGGUGCCUUCAAAUGCAUGUACUGUGGAUACUGUACCUGGCCUUGUCUUUCUGUAUUCUGUCUUCUCUGUAUGCAAGAUUGCAAGGUAACUUUCCAUCCCUGAGCUUGAUCCUGGUAGAUGUCAGAGGAUGCCCACCUACCACCUGGUGAGCCACAAUGUUUCAGAGAUUCAGAGAUGGUCACUAGAGAGUUGACAGAGUGUCCAGCCGAGGAACACGAUUGGCAGAACAAAUACUAAUUUACGAGCCAUUUUCUCUAUAUCUGGUACUUUCAGUGCAAGGAUGAUUGGCAUGGUUUGCCUUACUUUAUGGUGCUACUCCUGGGAGAUGUGAUGUUGCCUCCUGAUGGUAUAAUGAUGAUACAUUGCAUUGAAGUGAAUGAGGUGGUUGCAAUUGCGAGAUAUCACUGCUCCGAAUAAGAGAUAAGAUUUGCAAUGUUGUUGUAAUACAGUCCUAGUCAUCUCCAAGUUGUUGGUGCCUACCUCAUCACUGGAAGAUCAGACAUCAGAAGUUGCUUAGCUCAGUGAAUAAUUCAGAGAACAGAGGCAACCUCUUGCUCUCUGGUGAUGAUCAGAGCUGCAAUCUUCUCCCUGCAUUCAUGAUCCCUGCUCUGCCCGACGAAGGCGUCAUUUGCUUCAAUGUGAGUGGGUACUGAAAAAGAAUAUCUAAAGUUCACCAAAAUAUUGACCUGGUGAACUUGCAAGUAGUGAGCCUCCAAAGUAGAGAGGGACUAGUGUAUUGAUUGUCUGAUUGGUGAGUGGUGACACAUGGUCACUAAGAGGCUCCAGAAACUGUUGACCAUUGUCGCCUGUCAGUGCACAUUGAUAGUGAAACAGCACUGACCUGAUCAAAAUGACCUCAGACUUGCAAGUUGGUACUGUAACCAACUGAACUGAAUCUGUGGGUAUCACGAAUGAAUCCCAGAUCAGAGGCCAUUCAUCCAUCUGCUCACUUCUGUGCAUUCGUGAUUCGUGUAUAGGAUCACAGAUUGGGAUCCCAGCUCAAAGAGCCAAUUCAUCCAUUAACCCACUUCUGUGGAUUGGUUUUAGGGUCACAGAUUGGCACUUGUUGACCUCAUUGUCGAUAAAGACUCAGCGCUCAGAGAAUACCCAAAACACCGGUAUUCUUGCUUUAAGAGAUCUAUUUUGCCAUUGUAAGAUUGCAUUAUGCAUACAAAGGUCAACCACGACUUGUGGAAUUUUAGGGCAUGUCAACUGCACACCUGAGUGUUUCUCACUCAGCACCCUUUGCAUAUGCUGAUCUGCAUCUUCUUCCACCUUGAGCCAUUGACAGUCUCCUCAUGCGAUUUUACCCCACUGGUGCCAUGCUGCAUCCGGUCACUAGCCUUGAAGCCCCCAAAUCCUAAUCUCACUUCUCUGGAAUCGACAAAGAUGAAAGAUGCUUCAAACACUAAAAGUGAGCAUUAGCUUUCCCUAAGUCUAGGCAAUUCAGAGGGACUUGUAGCAAAACUGAAGAUAUCUUCUUGGUUGUCUUGUAACUGAGAUGCUUGUACGGUGUCUCAUGCUCUUCAAGUUUGAACAAAAUAAUUCUUUUUGGCUACAGAUAAGGACAACGUAUGUAUACACAGCACACUCAACACCCUUAGGUGCACCUCUAUUAUACGCCACCAAAAUAAACCAGCUGAACAGAUCCAUCACUACACAGAGGUGGUUCUUGGAAUCCUAGUUAGUAUAAGAUAAUUAACCAUAUACUUAGAAAAUCUCUCAAAAUUAAAAUGGGAUAUUUGAUGAAUUAGAUGUUCACGAGCAUAACUUCAAUAUAACCUCUAUUUGCAAGAUUGGAUAUGAACAUAUACUUGCUCUCUGCUAAACCUGUGGCUUGCCGUCAAAUGGGGUUAACAUUUGACAUUUGAUAUAUCAAAAUAUUAUAUAGCGUUGACUGCCCAGUCCAUGAACCAAAUCUGCACGGAACUAGCCCCCUGUCAACCUCCACAAUCAAAGAGUAUUAUCUUGUUUGCUUGGAUACUGACUUGUAGGCAACCAGGUGGAGACACAUCGAUCCAUGGAGAUUCUUUGGGGGCAUGCCUCUUCCUUCCAAAGUUACUAGUAAAAGAUUACUCACUGGAGAAGCAAACAUUGGUGAUCUUGCCUGCGUGUGAAGCUUGCUCAGCAGGCACCAGACAAGAUACUGACCAAAAGAUGCAUAUGCUACGAGAUUCCGCCACUACCCCAGCUAGGUGUCAAGCAAAUAUCAUGGCAUUGCCCAGGAGCAGAAAUUUGUCGCCAAGCUGUACUUGUCUCCAUCUCUACCACUAGAGCAUUGUGCCAAGCAGGCAUGAUGGCAUUUGACCAUAACAGAAGAAUGCAUGAACCUGUAUUUGGCUCCACCACUUAUGGAAAUCUAUAAAAAUAUUUUAAUGCCUCAAUCAAGAGGAACCUAUGAGCUUUUUAUGAUUGAAUUGACUUCUCAGCACUAGACACCACCUACAUGAUGGAGUGGUGGCGGCACUGCAUUCUGUUCCUUUAUUCUUUUCAGUGACUUGUUCAGUAUUCCAAAGAACAAAAUAAACAGAUAUAGUGAUAAAUCAGAUGCUAUUAUAGUUUGAGGAAAGAUUGUAACAGCAAUAGAACUCAAACCAUCUCUUUUCCUUAACAGAAAAAGAGACAGCUGAAUGAAGUAAGCCAGCAAAGAUGAACACCUGACUGUCGAGAGGUUUCCAUGCAGACAGUGCAGCAUUUUAUAUCAAUAUAAUAAUAUACAAAAAUAUUAUAAAAUAGGAGGAUAAGAAUAUCAAUAAAUCAAGUAAACAUCAAAUCAAGAAUGGCAAAUGCAAUUGAUAGUUUCACCAAAACAAUGCAUAUAAUUCCAAAGAACCAUAUUCCAUUUUUCCCAUUUAGCUCCAGAAAGCCAUACUUCCUAACUCGCCACGAACAAUUCCAUCUAGAUGUUUCUUUUUCUUUUCAUCAUAAGGUAUUUAAGUAUGUUCACUAGGAAUCAGGUUCUAGUAUAUAUAUUUCCAGAAUAGCUCAUAUGUUCUUUUUUUGCUUCAAAAAGUGCAGAGCCAAUGCAUGAAUUUGAUAAGGUGACUAAGCAUCAUAUUCUGCAGAGCGCAAAGCCUUCCACGUUGACAGUGUGGCCUUUUUUGUCUCCAAGCUAAUGAAAAUAAAUGUCCCCCUUAUUUAUCAUUUACCUCCACAAAACCAUACAUCCAAACUUGCACAAAAAGUUACAUCGAGAUGUCAUUUUUUAAGGGAAAAAGAUAAAAAUAAAUUGCUUGAAGUGCGCUCUCCAAAAGUCAGAUGGUAAUAAUGAUUUUACAUAAUAUCUAACAUGCUAUUUCUGAAAGGUACAGAGAUAACGAGACAACAAUUUGAUAACAUGAUUAUGUAUCAAAUCCUGCGGAAUGAAUUGUCAUGUAGACCCUACAUGUAGGUAGGUGAGCAUGUUUUCCAACAAUACCAGAUAGUGUAGCACCGUAGUGUUUACUGAUUCACUUUCCUGGGGGUUUGUUUUGUUCUAGUACAAUGGUAUUCUUGAGGACUCCAUGGUGAUCUGGAAGGUUUUGUUUCAGUCAUGAAAGAAUAUCUACAGUACGUUCAUAAAUAUUAAAAGAACAAUUUUGCACAUUCUAAAUGCUUUAUCCCUAGAACUUGAAAGAAAAUACAUGAACCAUUGCUUGCAUAGAUUCUACCUGUAACAGUUAGAGAAUUUGAAGAACACCUUUGUUGGCUUUCUUGGAAAAAGGGGUACAUCUUUCCUGUAGCCUUUUUAGCUGCAUCCACAGCACAACCAACUAAAAAAACACACAUGCCUCACAUCCUCUUUUGAUCCAACAAUUGGCAGAAGGAUCCAAACCACUAUAAAUAGAGGCUUGUCCUCCCACCAAUGCCCAAUAAGCAGCUCACGGCACAUCAUUGAGUGCAUUGGCUUGCUGCAUUCAAAGAGCAUCUUCUGUGUGCAAAACAAAAUAAUUGACCCUCCAACCAUGUCUAGAUCUGUGGAGUCUCUCAUAGUUGGUCGGGUGAUUGGAGAAGUUCUCGACUCCUUUAGCCCAUGUGUGAAGAUGGUAGUGACCUACAACUCAAACAAGCUUGUCUUCAAUGGCCAUGAGAUCUACCCAUCAGCAGUUGUAUCCAAACCAAGAGUAGAGGUUCAAGGGGGUGACUUGCGGUCUUUCUUCACAUUGGUUAUGACAGACCCAGAUGUUCCAGGGCCAAGUGAUCCAUAUCUAAGGGAGCACCUUCACUGGAUCGUGACUGAUAUACCUGGGACAACAGAUGCCUCAUUCGGGCGAGAAGUUAUAAGCUAUGAGAGCCCAAGACCUAGCAUUGGUAUCCACAGGUUCAUUUUUGUUCUCUUCAAGCAGAAGCGCAGGCAAACUGUAGCUAUGCCAUCCUCCAGGGACCAUUUCAUCACACGACAGUUUGCUGAGGAAAAUGAUCUUGGACUCCCUGUAGCUGCUGUCUACUUCAACGCUCAGAGAGAAACUGCUGCUAGGAGGCGCUGAAAAUUCCAGUUCUAACUGUCCAAGUUAUGAGCAUGGGCCUCUCAGUCUUCUUUGUACUAAGCCAAUAAUCUUAUUCGACAUUAGAUGCUCCUGGGUCCUACAUUAUAAUAAAUAAACCAGAAGCAUUUUGCAGAUUGUAUUAGUUUGUUUGUAAGUGACAUGAUUGAGAACUAUUAAUGGUCCAUGAUAUUAGUCAAAAUUACAUGUAUAAGACAAUCUAUCACUGAAAAUCUGAAACCAGGGUUGGUGGACA